UCAAUAUAUAUUUAUUAAUUUAUAAUAUGUUAUAAACAUAUAAUAUAUAAAAUAAUUUAUAUAUAUAAUAUUUAUCCCGCGCAAGGCGCGGAUCUUAACCUAGUGGUGCUUAUUAUUAUACCACUCUUAACAAAGCUUUAACGAAAAAAAUUGAAAACGUUACUUUGGAAACUAAGUAAACAUGUCUAUUGCGAUGUCUAAUAUGCAUCACACACAUGGGUAUCCUGAGCAUAACGAAAUAAAAUAUUAGACUAGUGUCCUCAAAAGUUUUCAAAAAAUUCACAUUAAAAAAGCCUCAAAUUUAUUUAAGAAAUUGUUAAAACCUUACUAAAAUGUUUAUGGCCUCCAACAUCUCAAAGACGCCUCCGGUCACACAUAUGUAUUAUAAUAAAUUUAAAUAAUGCUAUAAAAAGAGAAACUCUAUCACAAACCGAUUCAUCUUUGAGACUAUGAAAUAUUUGAUGAAAUAUAAAGAACAAGUUGCAGAACAUAUAUAUAUUCCACCUAGGCACCUAACCACAGUUAAUAUUACAUACUAACACAUUACAUGAAAAAAGAAAGUAAAAAACCGUUAGGCAAAAACAAAUAAUAAAUCAAACAUCUAACUCUAUCCAUAGAUCACUGACCAACACCCAAACAUUAUAAAUGCAUAUGUAUAUUUAAAGUGAAAGUAAUGAAAAUGAGUUUUGAUAUGUAAGCUAUAUGAAUCACUACAUUAUAUUGUUUAAAGCAUGGAAAUUUCCCAACAUAAAUCACUUUAAAAUUUUGACAAAAAAGCAUAUAAACUCUAAAUAUUGUAAAAUGCCAUAAUAUAAAUUUUCUAAAUUAUAGAAUAUUUAUAUUUACUUUAAUCAUAAAAAGCCUAACUCAUAUUUAUUAUAAGAAUUUGACUUCCAGAUUUAAGUAUACUUUGUUUUUUUUUCACAGUUUAUGUUAAAAACCCAGUAUCUCGCUUUAACAUUUGUCACCUCGCCUUGAUUUAAUAGCUAGACAAUAUAUUCUAUAUUUUUUGCACCUAAUCCUAUCCAUAUAUGGGCUAAAUGAAAAUGCAUAUAAAUCCAAAAUAUAACAGAUUAUGAUAAUUGUUUUUGCUGAAAAUAAUAUAAAAACAUUUCAUUAAUACCCUUUACAGUAACGUCCCCUCAAAAGAGAAAAUCUGUAACGAGAUUUCUUUCAUAAAUGGUUUUGUUUGUUUUGUUUUAGGCUUUACAUACUUAUUCCAUUUAUUAUUAAUAAAAUCUUAAGGCCAUAGAAUAAACUUAUAUAUCUUUGAAAAUAUUAAAUCAAAUAUGGCUAUUAUAGUUUUCUUUAUAUAAAUAGCCUUAAGUGGUUAAUAUAUUGUGUAGAUUGUUUUCAUUUGGGUGAGAAAAAAAAUGGAUUCUAAUCAUGAUAGCAGUUCAAGCAAUGGACUUGAAACUUCGAUGAGCACAACCAAUCGGGAUAAUAAGAUUUACCAUCGCCACUCUGUUCAUCAAAUUCAAAGGCUUGAAGCGUAUUUUAAGGAAUGCCCUCAUCCAGAUGAUACGCAGCGACAUAAAUUGGGCGAAGAACUGAAACUUAAACCGAAACAAAUCAAGUUUUGGUUCCAAAACAAAAGAACACAAGCCAAAGCUCAAAGCGAAAAAGUAUUCAACGCAUCACUUAGAGCAGAGAACAUAAGGAUAAGACGUGAAAACGAAGUGAUACAAGAGGCACUAAAAACUGUGACUUGCCCUCCAUGCGGUGGUCCUCGUCCUGGGAAAGAAGAACGCAAACUAUAUCUCCAAAAAAUGCGUGCACAUAACACAUAUCUCAAAAGACAGCUUGAACAAAUCUCAGACUUCGUAAACAAUAACGGAGGCCACUCAAUACCUAGCGUCAAUUCCCUAGCAUCAACUUCCAGUAACCCUCAUUUCUCCUACGGGACCUCUUCAAACCGUCCCCUCGAGCCACCAAGCUUGGAAAGAGAACAAUAUACUCAUGAACACAUCAACAACGCCCAACCGACUCAGCAUUUCCAGCCGCUAUCUCAAAUGGAGAAAAUGAUGAUGUCUCAAACGAUGGUAAAUGCCGUGACAGAAAUUAUAAGACUGAUUCAUAUCGAAGAACCGAUGUGGAUCAAGUCGUCUAUUGAUGAUAGACUUGUCAUUGAUCAAGAGAACUAUGAGAAGUCUUUUACAAAUAUUAGCCAUUUGAAGAGCCCAAGUGCUCGUAUUGAGUCUUCUAAAGAUGUGGUGGUGGUUCAUAUGGAUGCAAGAAACUUGGUGGACAUGUUCUUUGAUACGGAGAAAUGGGCGAGGAUUUUCUCAACAAUUGUGAACGAAGCUAAAACGAUUCACGUGCUGGAGUCCAUGGACACACAAAGACAGAACUUCUCGCAACUGAUGUAUGAGCAACUGCACAUAUUGUCGCCAUUGGUGCCACCGAGAGAGUUUAUAAUCUUAAGAUGUUGCCAACAAAUUGAAGACGAUCUCUGGGUGAUUGCUGACGUCUCGUGUCAUCAUGUAAACAUUGACUUUGAGAGUCCGACUUGCUCCAAACGUCCGUCCGGUUGUCUCAUCCAAGCCUUGCCCAAUGGUCUCUCUAAGGUUACGUGGAUGGAGCACGUGGAAGUAAAUGAAAAAGUGCGGACACAUCGGAUUUACAGAGACCUCUUAUGCGGCGGGUUUGGCUACGGAGCUCGCCGUUGGACCGUUACUCUUGAAAGAAUGUGUGAGAGGCUCCAUCUAUCCUCCAUCUCCGUCUUCCCCACCACCGACUUCGCCGGAGUUGUGGAAACUAUAGAGGGAAGAAGGAGCGUCAUGAAUUUAGGAGAAAGAAUGUUGAAGAACUUUGCGUGGAUACUAAAAAUGUCUGGAAACUACGAUUUUUCUCAACUGUCUGAAACCAACAGCAGUGGAGUUAGGGUUUCGGUGCGGGUAAACUCAGAGGCUGGUCAACCGACGGGUCUCAUUGUCUGCGCCGCUUCAUCUAUAUGUCUCCCUCUCUCUCCUCUCGAAGUCUACAAUUUCCUUACAAAUCUCGAGAUUCGCCACCAGUGGGACGUUCUCUGCCAUGGGUAUCCGGCUGCUGAGGUCGCUGGCUUUGCAACUGGAACAGAUGAUAAGAAUCGUGUGAACAUCCUCCAGACUGCGAGUACAGCAGAGGAUGCUGAUAUGAUGAUAAUACAAGACAGCUUCAGAGAUGCACUAGGAGGUAUGGUGGUGUAUGCUCCAGUGGACCUGAACACUGCAUCGGCUGCCGUUUCUGGCCAAGUCAAUCCUUCAGGCAUUCCAAUCCUCCCUUCCGGUUUCAUCAUCUCCCGCGACGGCCAUCAUUUCACUUCCCCUGAGCUCGAAGAUGGCAGCGACUAUAGUAAGUCGCUCCUGACGGUGGCUUUCCAGAUACUUGUCUCUGGUCCGACUCUUUCUGGAGAUCUCCAAAUUGAAGAAUCUACCACCACAGUCAAUACUUUGAUUACCUCCACCCUUCAAAGGAUCAAAGUCAUGCUUAAUUGCAACGAGGGUAAGUGAGAGUUUAAUCCACCCGUUUCACAAUUCACAAAACUAUUCCGUUUUUAUUACUAUUAUCAAAAAAUAAUGUUGUGAGUGAGAAGACUAUUCUCAAAAGAAUCAUACUCGGACCUUUAAUGUUUUUGGUUGGUUAAAAAACUUAUUAUCUAUAAAUGAGUCCCUUAGACAUAUAAACAAUAUUUAUGGUGUUGCCUCUGUUGGCAUAUUGGUUUGUGGUAUAUUAAUGUUGUGAGACUACAAGCUGUUAUUGUUUAUCAUUUUCUCUGCCAUACAUAUUGCAUAACAACAUGGAAUGUUACAACAUUACAACCAAAAACAAUUCUAGCUGUUACAAAUUUGCUAAUAAUAUCAAUUUCAAUUAUUUUAUCUAAGUUAAAGAUCAUUUCAAGAAAAUAAAAAGAGAUGUUACAAAUGUAUGGUGGUGAAUAAAAAGAAAAAUAUCACUAAGGUGUAUGUAACGUGUCGCUUCACGCUGUCCAGUAAACCAGUGCCUAACUUCCAGCAGCACUAAGCCUAACGUUCUUCAAAGGACUAUCAUUCUACUCAUUUUUAAUGUUUUGAAUUUUUCUGACUGAUGAUUGAUUAGAUAAAUUAUAAAUAUGGUUUCCAGUAGAGGUUGGAGUUUAUUGCAAUAUUUUAACAAAUACUUCUAGCAGACAACAUCCACAAACACCAACCACUUCCUCCUCUUUCAAACCCUUACCAAAGUAUGUGGCUGAAGAAUUUUGGUAUAAUAUCAAUAAAUCGGUGAAAGUUAGUAAAUAAUUAAGAAACUAAAAAGAAUUGAGUGGUCUCCUUCAUUUCUUUCCAAGUGUCUAAUUUCUGUAGAACAGUCGGCUUAAAUCUACAAUAAGAAUCUGUGACAUGUACAAAAGUGCACUCAAAACAUACUUUAUAUUGAACUUCCACCGAAAAUGAUUUUCUUACCAUUAAUAAUUAGCUCUCAUCAUAUAUGCUUAGCAAUGAUUUAAUAAUUAUCUUACACAUUUUAAAAGAUUGAUUAGGACCUGGACAAUGGAUAAACAUAUUAAGAAGAAAAAGUUAAAAAUAAUUAUAAUAUAUUAUAAAUAUAUAUACGGUGUUCAUCUAUAAGCCUUUCGUAAUGGAACGACCCACACCAGGUAUUUUUAGAGGUAGGAGAUAUUUAACAUCAUAUUUUUUGUUUAUUUUCGGUAAAUUUGUACAAAGAAAAACGACAAAUCCAACAACAACAAAAUCAUAUGGUUUUGGAUUUCCACUAAAGCCUCGUUUCAAAAGUUGGCAUUAAAGUAUUAAACUGAAUCAUGAUGUUGUAAAUUAUUUAAAGGUCCGUCCGGUCCGUCCAGUCUUCUAUUGAUUAAUAAUUAAUCAUCUGUUCUAAUUUCUCUUCCAUAAAAUAUAAACACUUACCAAAAUAUGUUCAUGAUAUAUGUUCAAAAUAUGUUCCACAAUUAUUUUAGAUAUACAAUGCAUGCUGUUGAUAUAAAAACAUAAAUAAUACUUAAAUAAUUAUAUGGAUAAGCACUCCUAAAUCUUAAUAUAACUUUUUUGUUAGGUAACUGACUAGUAACAUUAGUUACAAUAAAAAAAAGCUAUUGUAUAAGCA